AUGGGGACGCCAUACUCCAAGCCGGCGCCAGUUAACGAGAAAUCAGGAGAUUCUAUCAAGAUCAACGUGGACUGGACCAAAGCGAGCCAUUUAGCCAAAGAGCAGCCAUCAAGUGACCAUACUCCUCCACCACCGUACCUGGCUAGAGAACGCCUUCGGACCGUAACACUCCCUCGAAUGGAGAAUUGGAGCGAUGCUCUGUUGAGCGACGCAAAGAAUCGCCUCGCCAUUUCGAGUUUCGCCAGCCAGAGCUACGCAGAGGUCCUCACCAACCGCACCGCUGUCAAUACCGAUCUACACAUCUUCAAUCUCACAGUGCCAGUAGAAGGGGCACCAAUUACCAAUCAAAGAUCUUCUGGCCGUUGCUGGCUUUUCGCCUCAACCAACAUCUUUCGUGUGCCUCUGAUCAAUACAUACAAGCUGGGGGAGUUCGAGCUCAGCCAGGCGUAUCUGUUCUACUGGGACAAAAUCGAAAAGGCAAAUUAUUUCUACGAGCAAAUGAUUGACACUGCGCACGAGGAUUUCUCCAGCCGUUUGGUUCAGAAGUUAUGCGAGGAUCCUGUCACGGACGGUGGCCAGUGGGAUAUGGUCGUCAACCUCGUGCACAAAUACGGUCUCGUUCCGCACACUCUCUAUCCGGAUGCUUUUCAUGCACAGAAUAGUUCCAAGAUGAACUGGCUGCUUACAGCCAAGCUGCGCGAGCAGGGUCUCGCUCUCCGCCAACUCGCCGUGAGAAAGGCAACGGGAGAGAGCCAGGCUGAACAUCUCUUGGCAGCUACCAAGGAACAAUUCUUGCAAGAAAUCCACUCAAUGGUGACUCUUUUGCUCGGACCUCCGCCAAGGCCGGAUGAGCAAUUCGUCUGGCAAUACCACGAUGCUAAUGGAGCCGCUCGGGAAGUGCGGCAAUCCCCAAUUGAAUUUGGCCGGCAAGCUCUCGGAUCAGGGUCAGGGUCAAAGUCAGGGUCGCGCAGUCGCACAUGCGUUAAUCCUGGAUCACUGUUCAGUCUGGUUAAUGACCCACGACAUGAGUGGAAUCAGUUGCUAACAGUUGAGAGGCUCGGAAACGUAGUAGAAGGGCAAUCGCUCAGAUAUGCCAACGUGGAGAUGCAGACGCUCAAGCAAGCAGUGAUUGCAAUGCUCAAAGCCGGGCAUCCGGUAUUCUUUGGCUGUGAUGUGGGCAAAUUCUCAGAUCGCGAUCAUGGUAUCAUGGAUGUCGAUCUCACCAACCUCUCACUCGGCUUCAAUGUCUCCCUUGGUAUGAACAAAGCCGAACGGCUCGCUAGUGGUGAAUCUGCUAUGACCCAUGCUAUGGUGAUCACGGGAGUCCAUCUCGAAGGUGACCGCUCAGUGCGAUGGCGAGUUGAGAACUCAUGGGGAGAGACAGCUGGGAACAAGGGUUGGUUUGUGAUGACCGACCGAUGGAUGGAUGAAUACACGUUCCAGGCAGUUGUCGACUCGAGAUUCGUCUCGACUGAGACCCAAGCGAUCUUGAAGCAGACCCCCAAAGUCUUGCCCCGUUGGGAUCCUAUGGGAGUACUUGCUUAA